ACCCCAAGCCCUGAAUUGAACAGCUCUAAAAGUUUUAGCUUUGAGAUUUCUGAUGUGCUCUUCUAAUCGACUUUUCGGCAUACCAUACAUGACCGUGGUGUCUGUCUUCUGGAUGUCUGUCUCCGCCUCAUCAUGUCCAGGUAACAGUAUAACCAUCUGGGAUUCAGUAACGGGGCAAGUUCAGUGCCAGGACUGCUUGGUGUGUCCGGCGGGGCAGGGUCUCUCUGUGGACUGUGGUGAUAUAAUAUCGCCACAGACACCCAUCGUUUGUAAGCCAUGUGAGCUAGGCAGAACAUAUUCAUCUAAGAGCGAAGCCGGGGCGUGCAAGAGUUGUAUGAAUUGUGGAGAAUAUCGAGAGACUAUCAGCCCUUGCACCCUGACCUCUGAGGCAGUGUGCGGGACGAACUGUAAGCUUGGAGCUUACCCAGAAGAUAUGCUUAGCAUGUGUAGACCGUGUUCCGCUUGCUGCAACGACAAGGACGACAUCAUUGAGCCAGAGUGUCAAGUGCCGGGGGUGCCUAAAAACAAGCAGUGCAGCGAGCUUAGAUCAGAGAAGUGUAGCAAGGUGAUAGCUAAUGUGAGUGUCAGUAAAAGGGUACUUGACGCGGAGGCCAAUCUCUCCGCGUCAUCAUUGGCAACCUUAACAAAAGUGCAAGUGUCCACUCCAGUCACAGAGCACUUUAAAAAGGAUUCAGCUUCCACGGAAGAUGUUUCUUCAUCACAUGGUAAGAUGAUUGGCGUUGCAAUUGGAGUUCCAUUAAUGAUCUUAGUGCUGGUGGCGCUUAUCCUUAUCGUGAAAAAAAGACGUACAAGGCAAGCAUGUAAAAAGCCUGGCGAUAAUGAUGUGGAAAGGCUUGAUGUACAGGGGAGUAUAAGGCCAGCCAAGGACGAAGAGUCUAAUCAACUGCCACUUCCAGUGCAAGAAAGUGAGUAUCUCACAGUAGCGAAGCCGGAAACACAACUUCCGGCUGAAACAAAAGUAUAAUCAUUCCUUUUUUCAAGGGAUCAGUUAGUAUUUUUCGCCUGGGGUGGGGCGAAGGAUUUUGGAGGAUCACGUGAUUUUCAGGGAGAAGGGGGGGGUCAGUCGUCGCCAACAGAGUACAAAGGGCUGACUACAGGAAAUUGACUGCCGAUGAAUUGCCAAUGAGGAGAAGGGGAUCACAAGAAUAUCACAAAGCUUUAAGGGCGGAGCAGGUGAACUUAUCGUGAGUCAACCAAACUCCUCCACCCCCAUGGCCGAUAAAUAAAGACCAGUCCCUAAUGAAUCAU